AUGAAGCUUUCGACGCUCAUCGUUGUGUUAUUCUUCUCGUUCUUCUUCUUGUCGUUCAGUUUUGUCUCGGCGGAGCACGCACUCGAAAAAGAUGAGGGCAAAACGAAAGAGAAAGAAGAGUCUUGGCAAGAUAAAGAUCGAGACGAGUACGGAUUGCCGAUUUGCCACGACGAAACCUUGCGAAGAUCUCCGCUGAGGAGAGCUACUGGUGGUGAAAUUGCUGCGAAGAUGUCGCAAGCGAAGCGAUACGUGGACGGGCACGUUCGCGUAAGCCGAGACGGAAAGGAAAUGCACGUUGACGUGAAAGUUAUCAGAGUCAAAGGUAAUUUGAACGUAGGGAGGAAUCUGUAUUUCGAAGGUGAAGUCAAAGUUGGAGGAUCUGUGAUUAUGGGUAACAAAAAGGACGCUUUGAAGGAAAUAAAGCGUUUGGAGAAUGAAAUCGAAGAGAUGACGGCGAUUGUGGAGGAGUUGGAAGGCCACCACACGUUGACCGAUGAAAACUUUCACACGGCUAUUGAGAAUUGUUUGACGAUGAACAACGGAGAACACCGAAAAGACGGCGCGUGCGAGGCUUUACAUUACGGUGAACGCAUCGGCGAUUGGGACGUCGGUAAAGUUUCAAAUUUUACGCGAGCGUUUACGAAUCGAGAAGAAUUCAACGCGGACUUGUCGAGAUGGAACACGUCGAGCGCUAAGAGUUUCGACGGAAUGUUUGAAAACGCGGUGGCAUUUAACGGAGACGUGUCAAAGUGGAAAUCAAAAUCGGCGACGACGAAAGACGAAAUGUUUCGAAACGCGGUUGCGUUUAAAAGUAAAUAUUUGUGCGCAAAGUACACCGACGCGCCUGAAGAUUUAUCUUCGUGCGCGGACGUUUCUACCGACUGGGUCGCGCCGAGUCCGCCGCCGAGCGCGCCGAGUCCGCCGCCGGAACCGACCGCAUCGCCGCCACCAAAACCGACCGAACCCGUUUCACCUUCGGGACUGGCCGAGGCGCCGCUUCCGCCACCUGAACCGCCGAGUCCUCCGUCGCCGCCGCCGGUGCAAACUGAGAUAUUGCAACCGGCUGGUACAAAAGAACUUAAUCAAAGGUUCAUGCCGAAAGUCAAUGGAUGGUACGAGUUACUACCGGAAGACUAUUCAGGAGCCGCACAAAUUGCAUACGUCGAUUACGACGGGUCGGCGUCUGGAAUCGAGGACGAAGGACCUUGGAUUCAAGUCAAAUACGCGAAGAAUAAAUUCUCGCGCGCGCGUCCAUGGAGCGCUUUGGGAAAAGGCGAUCCGUCUCGGGAAGACGGUACGGCUUAUUCUGGGAACUUUGAGUUUGCGCAAGACGAGAACUGGAUCGAUAAGUUGUUGGAUCAAGCCGUGGACGUGCGUCAAAGAUUUGUAUCCUGGGGAAAACGUUCGGUUGGUUGGAAUUACGAGUACGACUACCAAGCGGCGCGCGGAUUUAACGACGUCAAUUACACGCGUUGGGGGAGCGGUCUCGCUUUAGUCGGUGGCGCUACGGGGCCACCGACUGGAUUUUCCCACGGCACGUCAGGAUUAAACGAAUUUCUUUCCCCUGCCUCUCUCGAAAUCGAUCCUACGAAUUUGAACGACGACGCGUGGAGGAAGAGCGUUAUAUAUUUCCGAAACACCGGGGAUGAGAAGAUACUUCCAGUAAGAGGUAUUUGGAACGCAGAUGUUGAUCAUCCUGGCGAGGGCAGAUAUUUCCCUCUCGCGCGUCCAGACGUUGGCGACGAAGUCGACGAGAACGGCACGUUUACCGAGUCGAGCGAUACGUGGGUGAAAAUUGUGCAAAAUUUUUUGCCGCCUUUGCCUCCGCCGCCGAGUCCGCCUCCGCCGCCGAGCCCACCGAGCCCACCGCCUUUGCCACCACCGCCGCCGAGUCCGCCGCCGUUGCCGCCUCUGACAGAUGCGGCAUUCUCAGAUGCCAUUUUGGCGUGUCUCGGUGUGGAUCCAAAAUACGGAAACUGCCCAGAUUUAGAAUACGGCACGAUUACGGAAUGGUUCGUCCAAGACGUGACGAAUUUUGCGAGCGCAUUCAAAGGCGCGAGUCAGUUCAUCGGCAACAUUUCGAAAUGGAACACCGCGUCGGCAACAUCUAUGAUAUCUAUGUUUUCUUCCGCUUCUGCGUUCAACCAAGACAUUGGGGAUUGGAACACAGAGAAAGUGACUACUAUGUAUGGAAUGUUUUCUGAAGCUUCUGCGUUCAACCAAAACAUUGGGAGUUGGAACACGGCGCAAGUGACUAGUAUGGAAUAUAUGUUUUAUUCCGCUUCUGCGUUCAACCAAAACAUUGGGAGUUGGAACACAGAAAAAGUGACGACUAUGAGAGCUAUGUUUCAAUACCAUUCAGCGUUCAACCAAGACAUUGGGAGUUGGAACACAGCGCAAGUGACUGAUAUGAGAUAUAUGUUUAAUGAGGCUUCUGCGUUCAACCACGACAUUGGGAGUUGGAAUACAUCGCAAGUGACUGAUAUGAGAUAUAUGUUUUCUUCCGCUUCUGCGUUCAACCAAGACAUUGGGGGUUGGAACACAGCGCAAGUGACUACUAUGGAGCAAAUGCUUCGUUCCGCUUCUUCGUUCAAUCACUACAUUGGCGAUUGGAAUACUUCGAAAGUGACAACGUUUUUAUUUAUUUUUUAUAGUGCGACUGCGUUUAACGCCAAGUACACGUGCACAACCUUGUCUGUGCAUGUAGAUCCUGCGACAUGUACUAAGGUUCGUUCGGAUUACCAAUACCCGUCGCUUUCGGAUGAAGUUUUCCAUUCUUCAAUUGCAGCUUGUCUCGCAACGGCUCCGGAAGACGGUAAUUGCGAGCAUUCGCAAUACGGCGUCAUUUCUGGCUGGGACGUCUCAAGCGUAACGGACUUUGACGACGCGUUCAAGGGUCGAGCGACGUUUAACGGCGAUUUAUCCAAGUGGAAGACAACUUCUGCGCUAUCGAUGAACGGGACGUUUUCUGGAGCUUCUUUGUUCAACUCAAACAUCGGGAGCUGGGACGUUUCGAGCGUGGAGAAUAUGCAUCAAAUGUUUUUUUCCGCUUCUGCGUUUAAUCAGUACAUCGGUGAUUGGAACACGACUUUGCUGACUUUGUACGAUUCUAUCUUUGAGUCGGCGACGGCGUUCCAAGCGAAGUACGAGUGCGCGAGUUCCACUUCGUUUUCGAUAAAACCGACAGAGUGCAAAAGUGUUCGCACCGAGUGGGACGCACCUUCGCCUCCGCCUCCUCCGAGUCCACCGCCACCACUUUUACCAUUGACGGAUGCUGUAUUCUCGGAUGCUAUGAAGGCAUGUUUGGAAACAGAUUCGGUGAAUGGUAAUUGUACGGAUUCAGAAUACGGCUCUGUGUUGGAAUGGGAUGUUUCCGCCGUGACGAAUUUUGCGAGCGCAUUCAAAGGCGCGAGUCAGUUCAUCGGCAACAUUUCGAAAUGGAACACCGCGUCGGCAACAUCUAUGAUAUCUAUGUUUUCUUCCGCUUCUGCGUUCAACCAAGACAUUGGGGAUUGGAACACAGAGAAAGUGACUACUAUGUAUGGAAUGUUAUCUGAAGCUUCUGCGUUCAACCAAAACAUUGGGAGUUGGAACACGGCGCAAGUGACUAGUAUGGAAUAUAUGUUUUAUUCCGCUUCUGCGUUCAACCAAAACAUUGGGAGUUGGAACACAGAAAAAGUGACGACUAUGAGAGCUAUGUUUCAAUACCAUUCAGCGUUCAACCAAGACAUUGGGAGUUGGAACACAGCGCAAGUGACUGAUAUGAGAUAUAUGUUUAAUGAGGCUUCUGCGUUCAACCACGACAUUGGGAGUUGGAAUACAUCGCAAGUGACUGAUAUGAGAUAUAUGUUUUCUUCCGCUUCUGCGUUCAACCAAGACAUUGGGGGUUGGAACACAGCGCAAGUGACUACUAUGGAGCAAAUGCUUCGUUCCGCUUCUUCGUUCAAUCACUACAUUGGCGAUUGGAAUACUUCGAAAGUGACAACGUUUUUAUUUAUUUUUUAUAGUGCGACUGCGUUUAACGCCAAGUACACGUGCACAACCUUGUCUGUGCAUGUAGAUCCUGCGACAUGUAAAACGAUUCGCUCGGAUUGGGUCGCGCCGAGCCCGCCGCCUCCAAGUCCGCUGCCACCGCCGAGUCCGCCGCCUUCUCCCUCUCCUCCUCCUCCUCCUCCGCCGCCUCCUCUAACUCCAAUACCGUCGGCGAGUUGGCACGAUUUCGUUUUUGUGUGUUUAGAAGAAGCACCGAAAACCGGCGAGUGCACGGAUUGGGCUUCUGGUAAUAAUUACGGCACGAUGCCGAAUUGGGAUACGAGUUUGGUGACGGAUAUGAAUGGAUAUAUUAUAGAUGGUGCUGUUUUUCAAGGCUUUGGCGCUAAAACUUUAUUCGACGGCGACAUUUCGAAGUGGGACACCGGGAAAGUGACUAAUAUGAAGGAUAUGUUUUAUGAAGCUACUUCCUUCAACCAAGACAUUGGGAAUUGGAACACAGCGCGAGUGACUACUAUGCAAUAUAUGUUUUCUUACGCUUCUGCGUUCAACCAAGACAUUGGGAGUUGGAACACAGAAAAAGUGACUAAUAUGCAAUAUAUGUUUUAUCAAGCUUCUACGUUCAACCACGACAUUUCUUCGUGGACUGGAUCCGCAGCGACGUCGGCGCAAAGUUCUAUGUUUUCCGGCGCGACUGCGUUUCAAGCGAAAUUUAAGUGCACCAACGCCGACACCGGACCAGCGAGUUCGUGUGCGAUUCCAAAUUACGAUCAAUAUUAUAUCCUUGCUCAAAACACGUGCGAGUCGGAAGGUUACGUGACCAUCCUAAAUCUGAACCAGUGCCGCAUCGCCGGACGCGCAUUGUCCGGCGACGCUUCGAAGGGGUUUGCAGCCGAUCAGCCGGCCAAUGGAUACGGUGAUACCGACAGCGGCCGCACUGGUGGCUGCACUUUCCACAGUGGCAACGUGAACAACAAUCUUCAGUUCUUUCCAUUUGCUACUGGACCGUGUGGGACAGCAACUUUUCAUUGCGUGUGCGGAGCGUUCGCACCAAUUCCUGACGCGAGUUGGCAUACAUUUGUGGAUGCGUGUUUGGCCGAAGCUCCGGUUACUGGGGAGUGCACUGCUUGGGCAUCUGGUAAUAAUUACGGCACGAUGCCAAACUGGGAUACGAGUUCGGUGACCGACAUGAGCAGUACGUUUGAAGGUUAUGCUCAAUUCGACGGCGACGUAUCGCGUUGGGACACGUCUUCGGUGGCCACUAUGACUUUUAUGUUUAAAGGCGCAUCUUUGGGAAGUGACGAAUAUGAAUGGAAUGUUUCGUUCCGCUUCUGCGUUCAACCAAGACAUUGGGGGUUGGAAUACAGAGAAAGUGACUAG